UGAUCGAUCACUUACGGGGAUCCGUGGGGCUGUUGGCCGCCGAUCCGUAGGGCACCGCUUCCAGCGAGCAUCAUCCGCCGGUAACGCCCAAAUCAUCAGUGCUGUCUCGCGAAGGGAUUGGAAACUUGACCUUUUACACUUUUAGAAUCAGAAUUCUUAAAAACUUGGAAAACUUGAACCUUCGAAACAGAUUUCUUACUCCUCAAAUCGAAAACAGCAUCUCUGAUUUCAACCAAAACAAUCUUUCAUAAUCCUACACGGCCUGUCAGUUUUUUUCAUUCAUUUUUCUAAUCUUCGCGAGCGGUUUUGUUCGGGAUGACUUCACCUGGUUAAUUGACACAUCUUGGUGCCGAUAGCCUUUAUUCGUAUCGAACGCCUAAGCAUGCCUAUAACCGGAGACUCUAUACAGAGCAACUUAGCCCAAAACAUAAUUGUGAUUCAACCAGGAUCAAUGUAUUUGCGAAUGGGUCGUUCAUCGGAUCCAAAUCCGCGUCGGAUGUUGCACGUUAUUGCCAGACGUCGAAAACCCGGCGGCGCUAUACAUCAAGACCUAUUCCUACCCUCGUUAAAAGAACUUAAUGAAGAAUCAAUGCAUGAAUUAGAAAUAUGUAGAAUGCAGCUUUCACGGGCCAUGUCCGUUGGUUUACACCCAUGCUCCGGAAAUCAAGGCUACGAAAUACCUCAACAAAGUGCAGCCGAAUUCAAUAGACUCUCCAAACCGGAGAUCAUAGCAAAUACAUUGAACGACUGGGACAGUGAUAUGAUUGAGGAUGUGGUUAUUGGCGAGGAUGUGCUUAAACUGAAUCAUAGAAAAGCUCAGUACAAUUUGCACUUUCCUAUUCGACGGGGAGAAUUCAAUAUUCACAGUAACAUAGGUGGUUCGCUUUUUUCGGUACUAACAGAUUUGCAAACUAUCUGGGAAUUUGUGCUUUUCAGAAUGAUGAAUAUUUUAUCGAAAGAUAUUUCGCACUAUAAAGCAGUUCUCGUCGUUCCAGAUAUAUAUAACCGCAUUCACCUUGGAGAGUAUAUGACAUUAUUGUUGAAACGGAUUGGUUUUGGAUCAUGUUUCAUUGUUCAAGAUCAUGUUUCUGCAACUUUUGGUGCCGGCCUGGGAUAUGCCUGUGUCGUAGAUGUGGGGCAUCAAAAAACAUCCGUGUCUUGCGUAGAGGAUGGAAUAUCGCAACCCCAAACACGCGUUCGAUUCGAUUAUGGAGGGGGUGAUGUAUCACAUGUUUUAUACUGGUUAUUGAAAAAAUGUAACUUUCCUUAUCACGAGUACGACGAGCAAAAUCUCUUGGAUACUUGGCUGCUUCAGAAGUUAAAGGAAAAUCACGGUCACUUUUUUGAAGACACAAUCACAAAUAUUGAAGAACGUUUCGUAGUUCAGCAGCCAAGCACGGAGAAACAAAUUUAUACAUUCCGUUCUCAUGAUGAAUUCAAUAUCGCACCAUUAAGUUUGUUUUGCAUCGAAUUGCUUACUGUAACAGGCGCAAAUAAGACCAUGCCAAAAACGCAAAAGUCCUCUUCGUUAUCACACCCGGAGGAUUGUUUUGAUGCUGAAUAUCUUCGAGAAACUGGGCGUCGCAAUAAAGAAACAUUAGAACACGCCUCCCUCGAAGGUGCUGCAGAAAAUCCUGAAGAUGAAAUAGGUACUGAUGGUUUAGAGCAAGACCAUAGAAAUAAUGACUGGGACUAUUGGCUUCAACCCAAUGGUCAAUUGGUUGGCCUUGAACAGGCAAUCGUGCAAUGUGUAGAACGUUGUCCCAACGAAGAACUAAAACGAAAGAUGUAUGGAUGCAUUCUUAUAGUUGGAGGUGGAAUGAAAUUUCCUGGACUAAGUAGAUGGCUCCAGAAGAAGCUAACGGAAAAAAUACCAGCUGCAUAUCGUUCGGAACAAUGUAUCGUCAUUAGUCCUAAAGACAUAGAUUCAGAAAUAACUAGCUGGAGAGGAGCGGCAAUCAUGUCGUGUUUGGAGAGUGCUUCGGAAUUAUGGCUUAGUGAAUCCGAAUGGGGUCGAUAUGGUUGGCGAAUUUUAAGAGAAAAAACCGUUUUUCUAUGGUAAAGUUAAAUGCUGAAACUUUCUUGCAUUAAAUCCGCAUCCUUUCUUAUCAUUCGUUCUUGCUUGUUGCACUUGCUCAGCAUUAUCUGCUCCAGUGCGCAUUUUCCGAAUGAGCUGCGACAACUUCAAACUCAAACAUUAUUAAAAGAAACAUUGCACAUACACUAUAAAUUGAUUUAUAAUGGCUGUUGAUCACGCAUGCCACACUGACCAUAUGAGAUGCUGAAGUUCAGCCGUAAGAUGGAUUGUCGCGAUUACCGUUGCAGCAAAUGAUGUGAACAAACUCUUCGACGAAUGAUAGUUUCAUUGAUACACAUUUUAUUGUUAAAAUAAAUGUAAUUUGUUUCGCUAA